AGUACGCGGCAAAGUACGUUCGCCAUCGCAAUUUGUGCGCAGGCAUCGCCUAACUGACAUCGGGAGGAGCAACGGGCGUUGUUCGAUCACCGAAGAAGUGGACAACCUGAAACAGGAGAUCUCAUGAUGGUUGUAUACGGCCUAGGUUCUAUCUGGCUCGACACUGGCACAACUUGGAUCUUGGGGUGUUGUUUCCAACGCAGCCCUCAACAGCCGGAUUAUCUCCGAUGAAUCGAAGGGUUAGCCAUGUAGGGUACACCACUAGAGGGCGCUACGAGCGACGCGUCAUCACUGGGCGACGCUGCUAUCGCAUUCCACGGAUGACGUCAUUGCUCCUUCCGGGAGCAUGGUUGGCAACCAUGGCAGCAGCGAGCCGCUUGAGACCCGCUGCGCACAAAGUGCUCAGAGUGUGCUGCAUCCUGGUCCUUCUAUUUUCGGUACUGUUUUCAGCGUACUACGUCCUCAGCGUGCAUUUUACGCCGCCACCAGAGAAAGUCGUCUUUCCCAAUGAGACGACGCAGCUGGUGGAAAACAGAAUCCGUUUCUUCAAUCGCCGUCUCUCGUCAAGUCUCGCGAAAAGGUACAAGAACGCGACGCUCGCAGACGACGCCGGCGAAGACACCUGGACGGGAGUGUUACCUGGUGUCCACGUCUACUCCGCGUACGUCGAACAAAGAAACGGCGCCCCAUGGAGCGACGUACGACUCAUCGGCAUCGUCGCCAGGUCGAACCCGAUCUUGAGCAAGAAGAAAGAGGGCUUGAAAUGCAGGGUCCGCGUGCGAUCUCGCGUUCACGUCGGAAGAGUUGAGUUUAGCCUAGUCCCCGAAGACCACGGCUUCCAGUUCACGGCCGUAUUUAUCCUCUGUAUGUUGGAGCGAGCGUUUGACCCGGACUGCUGCCCCGGCGUUGAAGUAGCACUCAAGUAUCAGGCGUACCCUCUGACUUGGAUAAGCGUUCACCAACCGAGAGUAAAUGAAGGAGAAGACGUCGUCUCUGUUUGUGUGCGUCCUCUGUUUGGACCGUAUGACAACCUGCUACAGCUGGCCGAGUUCAUAACUUAUUACUCCGUCGUCGGGGUGAAGGAUUACUCGUUCUACUCGUAUCAGGUAUCGCGAGAGGUUGACCACUUUUUCCGCUUCCUUCGAGAGAGGCACAAAGUCGUAGCCCAUCUCCGUCCAUGGAACUUCCCCGUAGGCAGCGGCUUAAUCCACGAACAGGGACAGCUAGCCUUUGUUCAAGACUGCAUCUAUCGGGCCAGGCUAUCCUCCAAGUACGUAGUCAUCGUGGACCUGGACGAGUUCAUAGUUGCGAAGCACCACAAGACCCUCCCCGACGCUAUCCUGGCUCUGGAGCAGAAAUACAGCCCCAAGACUACCGGUAGCUUCAAUGUCAUCAACCAGAUGUUCUGCUUGGAGUACACUCCCGAAACGUCUUUAAUAUAUAGAGGAAUUCCUCUGCUAACGCGGCUGUAUACGAUAAGAGAGAAGCGUGCCUGGCAACAUUGGGACAGGUCAAAAUACAUUGCUCGCACGAACGCCACGGUCACCGGUGGAAUCCAUUUCGUCUGGAAGCACGCGCCGGAAGCGAAGGAAAUUCGGCUCCCAGAAGAAGAUGUUGUCAUGCACCAUUACAGACGUUGUUCUGGUCUGACGCAAGUCGGUGGCAAAUUCUUGAAUUUUCGGGAGUUCAGUGUGCUCCAAGAUGGCGGUCAGGUCGACGACAUUGAAAUGACGAGGUUUACGAUGGACAUGUUAGACCACGACAUUACUAGAAGCCUCGUGGAACUUAUGGAGAACGAUGUUUGACAGGGACGGGGAAAGCGCUGCGUCAGAGAGAUAUCCGUCAUGUACGAUCGACCCCCAAGAACACAACGACCUCCUGUGUACGUCCGAGGAAAGUCAUCAGCGGACAGGGAUAACAUCCCCAGGACUUCCCUACCAGGUCCUCAAUUUGUUAGAAAUGUGACAAAGUGAGACUCCCCCGUCAUAUCCUCAGGACCUCCUAUGGGAGCUACCAAAUGACGGGGCUAGUAUAAUUGUGGGAGCAAGCAGAUACCUUAGUGAAUUAUUUAUUUUGAGAAGUGAGGGCACAUUUGCAGCACCCAGUCAGCGUGAGUGUGCUUUUUUAUAUUUUUUAUAUUUUUUUUUUCAACCUCGGUCACCAGCUACCAUUCCUGGUUUCUCAUCUGUAUUUGUUCAGCAUAUUUCUCAUCACAGACAAUGAGUGUCACAGUUUAAAAAGCAAAAAAGGAGAGAAAUGUAAAAGGCCCCUAGGCCACUAAGACCUUGUAUCGCCAACUGUAGGAUGGGACAAGCGUUAGCUUGCCCACAUCACGCUUCAAAAAUAGACCACAAAACAGCAAC